AUGACGCAGCUUGUAAAAAGUGAAGUCGCCGGGAUCACCAGGCUCACCGUGUACGCCGCCGACCAGACCCACCCCACGUUCUUCAAGGCAUGCCGCCUCGCCGGCUUCGAUCCGGCCAACAUCCGGUCCAUCCCCACCGGCGCGGAGACCGACUACGCUCUCGACCCGGCGAAGCUGCUCGAGAUCAUGCAGGCCGACGUCGACGCCGGCCUCGUGCCGACCUACAUCUGCGCCACGGUCGGCACCACCUCCUCCAACGCCGUCGACCCAGUGGGCGCCAUCGCCGACGUCGCCGCCCGGUUCAGUGCGUGGGUGCACAUCGACGCCGCCCACGCCGGCAGCGCGUGCAUCUGCCCGGAGUUCCGGCACCACCUCGCCGGCGUCGAGCGCGUCGACUCCAUCAGCAUGAGCCCUCACAAGUGGCUCAUGACGUGCCUCGACUGCACCUGCCUCUGGGUGCGCGACACGCACCGGCUCACCGGCUCGCUGGAGACGAACCCGGAGUACCUCAAGAACGACGCCAGCGAGUCCGGCACCGUCACCGACCUCAAGGACAUGCAGGUCGGCGUCGGCCGCCGCUUCCGGGGCCUCAAGCUCUGGAUGGUCAUGCGCACCUACGGCGCCGCCAAGCUCCAGGAGCACAUCCGGAGCGUCGUCGCCAUGGCCAAGAUGUUCGAGGACACCGUGCGCGCCGACGACCGGUUCGAGGUCGUGGUGCCGAGGAACUUCGCGCUUGUCUGCUUCAGGAUCAAGCCCCGUCACGGCAUGACGGAGGAGGACGCCGACGCGGCCAACCGCGAGCUCAUGGAGCGCCUGAACAGGACCGGCAAGGCGUACCUGGCGCACACGGCGAUCGGCGGCAAGUUCGUGCUGCGGUUCGCGGUGGGGUCGUCGCUGCAGGAGGAGAGGCACGUCCGGAGUGCGUGGGAGCUCAUCAAGAAGACGACCACUGAGAUCAUGGAGGAGAUCGUCGUUGUGGAGUAGCAUAUUCAAGUAUAUAAUUAAUUAAAACAUACACAUAUAUCUUAGUUGAUUGCAUUGAGAUGCAAGUUUGAUUCUUUGUUGUUUUGCUGAAAUGCCCAAAUAUCUUUUUUUAAUGGGAAAUGCCCAAAUAUCUUUGUUGAAGAGAAAUGAUUUUCUAAGGAGGGAGAAUGUAAUUCUUGGUAUUAUUGAAAGGGGUACCGUUAAUAAUGUUUCGAAUAA